AUGGAUGGACUGAAUUUUGCUUUGAUUAUUCUUUUCAAGGAAUUUAAUGAAAAGAGCCCAAAGAAUCAUCGCGAUGGGAUUGACGACAUUAUUUUGUUGUUCACCGACGGAAGACCGAAUCCUGACUUUACUACGGAAGAACACAAGGACAGAAAGAAUAAGAAAGCAGAUCAAACGAAACCUGCUGACAAAGCUUCAAAAACCCUAAAAGAGAAUAAUGUUACUAUUAUCGGUUUGGCUGGAGGCAAGGAAGAAAAUAUCAGAGACUUUCGAUCUUACAUUAAGAGAUGGUCAUCACCUAACCAAGUAUUUGAAUCAAAGUUGGAUGAAUUACCCAACCUUAUAGAUCAAUUAGUAGAAGAUUUCUGUAAAACCGGAACAAAACCAUGCGGAUGCGAGGGUAACUCUUCAACAGUCCAAUAUGUCCAGGAUUCAGAAAGUAAGCUUUUUAUCAACUGGAAAAAACCAAGCUUAAAUUGCGGAGAUGGUGUUUUUGUUCCAGAGCCCAAGGUACACCCCGAAGGUACCGAGUCCCCCAAGGAAUUUGGUAUAGGGAGACACGAGAUCACGUAUACAUUUUCGCCCUCUUCAGGCGGUAAAAAUCGUCCUAGUGUGGAGUGUUCUGUCGGCGUGAAUAUUGACCUGUGCUUCUGUCCAUCUCCUCGAGUAGUCAGUGCAGUGAUCCCAUUAGGUGACUCAAGGGCUUUCGCAGAAUGGUCAGAACCCACACCCCUGGGGGAGUGUAAGUUUGUACCAAGCCCAUUCAACCCACAAUCCAGUGGCUGGUUCCGUGCCGGCAGACAUGAGCUCACCUACGAUUACACACACACCACCGAACUGCACAGUUAUACAAUGCAUUGUCCUGUCACAAUUUAUGUCAAAGAAACAAAACCAUGCGUGUGCGAGGGUACCUCUUCAACAGUCCAGUAUGUCCAGGAUUCAGAAAGCAAGGUUUUGAUCAACUGGGAAAAACCAAGGUUAAAUUGCGGAGAUGGUGUUGUUGUUCCUGAGCCCAAGGUACACCCCGAACGUGCCGAGUCCCCCAUGGAAUUUGGUCCAGGGAGAUACAAGAUCACGUAUAAAUUUUCGCCCUCUUCAGGCGGUAAAAAACGUCCUAGUGUGGAGUGUUCUGUUGGCGUGAAUAUUGACCUCUGCUUCUGUCCCUCUCCUCAAGUAGUCAAUGUUGAGGUCACACCCGGUGAAUCCACAGCUUUCGCAAAAUGGUCAGAACCCACACCCCUGGGGGAUUGCGAGUUUGUACCAAGCCCAUCCAACCCACGAGAACCCAGUGGCCGGUUCCGUGCCGGCAGACAUGAGCUCACCUACGCUUACAAACAUACAACCGAAAUGCACAGUUAUACAAUGCAUUGUCCUGUCACCAUUUAUGUCAAAGGGCAGUUCUGCGGUGCGAUUGCUUUUAAUCCGGAGACACAGAUUUGUUGCUGCGGUAAAGUUAGGGAGAUUGCGUUUGGAGACAUGUGUUGUGGCCAAGAAAACUACGUCCUACAUGAAAAAACGUGCUGUCCAGGUGACAAACUCGUACUCAAUGAAGAAGAGUGUUCUUGA